AUGGCUCCUCACGCGACCGAGACUGUUGCUGUCGCCGGCUCUGUGAACGGGGGGUCAACCGGCGGAAAUGCUCCUUUGUUCACUGUGGACUCUCCCAACGUCGUCUACACUGACGACGCGAUCAAGACCAAGUACUCCUACCACACCACUGAGGUCACCCGCGCCGCUGACGGCAAGUAUGUGGCCUCUCCCAAGGUCGAAACCUACCACUUCAAGGUCGACCGCAAGGUCCCCAAGGUUGGUGUCAUGCUCGUCGGCUGGGGCGGCAACAACGGUAGCACCGUGACCGCUGGUAUCAUUGCCAACCGCCGUGGCCUCACCUGGGACUCCCGUGAGGGCAAGAAGUCUGCCAACUACUAUGGCUCCGUUAUCAUGGGCUCCACCGUCAAGCUCGGCACCGACAAGGACGGCAAGGAGAUCAACAUUCCCUUCCACG